AUGGCCGUCAUGCGAUGCACACCUUCCCUGUUCAAGAGGCCCGGGCUCCUCAUUCCUUUUCUUGCCCUGGGUAAGACGCGGCAAUCCGGGCAAGGCGCGGCCACCGUGAGAACAUGCACGAUGGCGCGGCCGACCAAAUCCGCAGCCUACCCUGUCAACACCUCACUUUUCCUGACCAUCACCAUGGCUUUACCCUCCCCCGGCAGUCCAGGUACCAGCACCCCAAGGACGGAUUGGGCAGGUCGGCGAGGGCGGGCCAAGAACCUGCCAGGCCCGGAUAGCAGCCAAGAUCGCGCAAGAGGCGAUCCGGGGCAUCUGGUUCGGCGAUGCGAGCAAGGGGGGCCCCUCUCCCCGCUGAUCUACAGAUGCGUUUCUCCUCCCACUAUCGCUGCCGCCGGCCUCGCCGCCACCGCUCAGGCUACCUGGCACGGAGAGUGGAAGUUCCCUGACGGCAUCAAGGGCCCCAAGGAUGACGGCGGCAAGGAGGUUGGCCCCGGCUACGCUCCCCCGGAUGGCUACCUCCCCAUCUACCACCCUCCUCACCACGACGUCGUCAUCGACGACUGCGACAAGAAGGACGAUGAUGACUGGCACUGGGUCCACCCCGGCAAGGACCACCACGAGGACGACUACAAGUGGACUACCAGCACCAUCACUGCAACCCACAUCUCGACCGUCAUCGACUGUGGUGACAAGGACUGCUACGGCGGCGGCGGCAAGACCCAGUACACCACCGUCACCAUCCCCCAGACCACCACCAUCUGCCCGGUGCCCGUCGCUCCCGAGCCCACGCCCGAGAAGCCCGAGGAGCCUGAGCAGCCGUACCCUGAGCCCCCUGUCGAGACGCACCCCGUCCCCACGCCCGAGCCCCCCGUCGAGACCCAGCCUGUUCACGAGCCUGAGCCUCCCGUCGAGACAUACCCCGUCCCGGCGCCCGAGCCUCCCGUCGAGACGCAGCCGGUCCACGAGCCUGAGCCCCCCGUUGAGGAGCCCCCUGUCGAGACGCAGCCCGGCUACGAGGAGCCUCCCGUUCCCAGUGCUCCGGUCGAGGAGCCCCCUGUCGAGUCGGAGCCCAUUCCCGUGCCCGCUCCCCCUCCCACGUCCAUUGGCACCGUCACGCGCCCCAUCCCCUCUGCCACCGAGGGUCUCGAGCCCGUGCCCACGGCUGCCGCUGCCAACGUCCGCGUCGGUGGUGCCGUGCUCGCAGCCGCCGUUGCUGCCGCCUUCCUUUAA